AUGUCAUCAACAACUAUUUACCCCAAGAGACAAAUAGACUCAGUUCCAUUUAGCCAACAGUUGGAAGUUAUUAAUAAGGUGAACCUCAACAACUCCAAAGGCCAACAGCAAACUGCCAAAUAUCAUCAAAAUCAUCAUCAAAAUCAUCAUCAAAAUCAUCAUCAUUACCACCAAAAUAGAUACCAGGGUAAUUAUCAUAACAAUAAUAGCCACAUGAAUAAGGGUAACCAAGGACAUAAUGGGUAUAAUAACCAUCACCAUCAUAUGCAACAACAAAACAAAUAUGCGUUAGCCGCUGUUGCAGCUGCGGCUGCUGUUCAACACCAACAACAACAGACAUUCUUGUUACAACAACAAGCUGCAUUGGCAAAGAAACAGCAACAGCAACAGCAACAGCAAAAACAACGGUUACUGCAACAGCAGUACCAGCAGCAACAAUAUCAGUAUCACCAACAACAACAACAGCAGCAGCAGCAGCAGCAACAACAACAACAACAACAACAACAACAACAAUCUCAUCAGCAGUACCAGCAUAUGAAUGGGGGCCAAUUUCUCCAACAACCAAAAUAUCAAGGUUAUGUCCACCCAACUCAGGAGCAGGGAUUCACUUCUUACAAUGUUCAACAACCACAGGUAUUUACCCAACCUCCACCUCAAUUGUUUGCCGAUCUCAACAACUCGUCAUUACUUGAUCAAAAUAUAACUGGAGGAAGUGGCCAAUCACAAUUGAAGAACAACUUUUUAAUGUCGAAUGGAAGCUCAAAUUCGGUCAACUCUUCGACAUCGUCUUCCAACUCAACACCCACUGGCUAUACAAGAGUAUUUGAUACUAGUUCAAUUAAGAGUUUUGAAAAUAGAGGAUCCAUUGACAAAAAUUCACCGCCUAAUUUAUUUUUGCCUCCAGGUGUACCACCAAUGAGCAGUGCUCCGUUCCUCAAUUCACCUACUUUGGCCACCACCCCUACCCAGAGCAAUAUUUGGAAUGGAACCAACAAUGGCAACUCUACUCCAACUAAUGCCACUACUACUUCCGGGUCAAUCUGGGCCAAAAGCACCGAUGGUCCUGGGUUGUUGAACAGCAACAAGAAUGCGGGUAUGAAUACGGGUCCAAUAUCAAGCUUUGCAGGAUCUAAAAUUUGGUAA